UAGAUAUAGGAGUAGGAGCAGAUCAAUUCUAAACAUUUCCCUUUCUUCUAUAAAGUUUCUCACAACCAAAAAAUUUCAUUAUCAAACAAAAAAAUAAAACUUGAAUUAGUUUGUUUUUUACAGCAAUGAGCACUAGUAAAUAUAUCAGUUUACUGUUGUUACUCAUUACUUUGGCCUGCAUUGGGGUUUCCGCCAAGAAGCAUUCGUCAAGGCCUAGAUUAAGCAGAAACGAUUUUCCUGAAGAUUUCAUUUUCGGAUCUGCAACUUCUGCUUAUCAGUGUGAAGGUGCUGCUCACGAAGAUGGUAGAGGUCCAAGUAUCUGGGACUACUUCUCUGAAAAUUUCCCAGAGAAGAUAUUGGAUGGUAGUAAUGGCUCCAUUGCAGAUGAUUCUUACAACCUUUACAAGGAAGAUGUGAACUUGCUGCAUCAAAUUGGCUUUGAUGCUUACCGGUUCUCGAUCUCUUGGUCUCGGAUUUUACCUCGUGGGACUUUAAAGGGAGGGAUCAACCAAGCUGGAAUUGACUAUUACGACAAUUUGAUUAAUCAACUUCUUUCUAAAGGAGUGAAGCCAUAUGUCACACUCUUUCACUGGGAUUUACCUCAGGCACUUGAAGAUGCUUACGGUGGCUUCCUAGGAGCUGAGAUUGUGGAUGAUUUCCGAGACUAUGCAGACCUUUGUUUCCUGAAGUUUGGAGAUAGAGUGAAGCAGUGGAUGACACUUAACGAGCCAUAUACAGUAGUACAUGAAGGUUAUAUAACAGGUCAAAAGGCACCUGGAAGAUGUUCCAAUUUCACUAAACCUGAUUGUACCGGGGGUGAUGCAGCCACCGAGCCUUACAUUGUCGGCCAUAACUUCCUCCUCGCUCAUGGAGCUGCCGUCAAAGUCUACAGAGAAAAGUACCAGGAAACUCAGAAAGGUGAAAUCGGAAUAGCAUUGAACACAGUAUGGCACUACCCUUAUUCAGAGUCAUAUGCUGACCAGUUAGCUGCGGCUCGAGCCACAGCCUUCACCUUCGACUACUUCAUGGAGCCAAUUGUCUACGGUAGAUACCCAAUCGAAAUGGUGAGCCAUGUUAAAGACGGCCGUCUACCUACAUUCACUCCAGAAGAGUCCGAAAUGCUCAAAGGAUCAUAUGAUUUCGUAGGCCUUAACUAUUACUCAUCUCUUUACGCGAAAGACGUGCCAUGUGCAACUGAAAACAUCACCAUGUCCACCGAUUCUUGCGUCAGCGUCGUAGGUGAACGAAAUGGCGUGCCUAUCGGACCAACGGCUGGGUCGGAUUGGCUUUUCAUUUAUCCCGAGGGUAUUCGUAAUCUCCUACUACAUGCAAAAACCAAAUACAAUGAUCCCAUCUUGUACAUUACAGAAAAUGGAGUGGAUGAAGCUAAUAUUGGCAAAAUAUUUCUUGACGACGAUUUGAGAAUUGAUUACUACGCUCAUCAUCUUAAGAUGGUUAGCGAUGCUAUCUCGGUCGGGGUGAAUGUGAAAGGAUAUUUCGCGUGGUCGUUGAUGGAUAAUUUUGAAUGGGCGGAAGGAUACACUGUCCGGUUUGGACUAGUAUUUGUGGACUUUGAAGAUGGACGUAAGAGGUAUCCGAAGAAAUCAGCCAAGUGGUUUAGGAAAUUGUUAAAGGGAGAGCGUAAUGGGACGAAGCAGCAGGUGGCUGCUAUUUGAUUUGAUAAAUCACACGAGCCAUAUUGGUUUAUCUAUCUAGUCUACUAUUCGGUGUCUAUACAAAUACGUACUGUUUCUUUUCGAUAUGUACAGAAAAUAAACGUUUCAAAUAAGAGGUGGUAGCAAGUUGGACAUAAAUGAUCAUGCUUUCUCACCAAUUAUUUUUCAUCA